CUUCUGCAGCUGGUCAUCAGCCUUUGGCCUCAGCAUCCUACCCCCCUCUCACCCUCCCCUGCUUUCAUCUCAGCUCUGCUUGAGCACAGAAAUCCAGUAGGGAGGCUGCUUUGGACUGGUUUGGGUUCAAGCAAGACUGCCCUUUUGUCUUAACGAUUUGCAUUUGCAUCCUAAAAGCAGAAGGCUGGAGGUACAAGGGCAGGAUUAAAGAUGCUCAAUGCAUGGAGGGACCUACUUCCCUGAAGACCUCUUCCUUACCACCUCUCUUCUCUGCUAUAGUGUUUCCUGCAUCAGUACCUUAAAUAGCGUAAAGCUGAGGACAAUGCAUCUUUUUGUGGUGUGUCUCUUCAGUGUCUGGGGUCUGGCUGCCCCUGAGCGCUACGUCGUGGAAGACGUCUGCACUGCAAAGCCACGUGACAUCCCGGUGAAUCCCAUCUGCAUCUAUCGCAACCCCGAGAAGAAGCCCCAGGAGGGCGAGGGGCAAGAGCCAGGGAAGGGCAAGCUCCCAGAGUCUACUAACCCCCGGGUCUGGGAGCUGUCGAAGGCCAAUUCUCGCUUUGCUGUUGUCUUCUACAAGUACCUGGCUGACUCUAAGGACAAUGGGGAAAACAUCUUCAUGUCACCCCUCAGCAUUUCUACAGCCUUCGCCAUGACCAAGCUCGGAGCUUGUGGUAGCACCCUCCAGCAGCUCAUGGAGGUCUUUCGAUUUGACACCAUUUCGGAAAAGACAUCGGAUCAGAUCCACUUCUUCUUUGCCAAGCUGAACUGCCGGCUUUACAAGAAAGCCAACAAAUCCUCAGAGCUGGUAUCAGCCAACCGCCUCUUCGGGGAGAAAUCUUUGGUCUUUAAUGAGACUUACCAGAACAUUAGUGAAAUAGUUUAUGGAGCGAAACUCUGGCCCUUGAACUUCAAAGAGAAGCCAGAAUUUUCCAGGAAGAUCAUUAAUGAGUGGGUAGCUAACAAGACAGAGAAGCGCAUUACAGAAGUGAUCCCAGAAAGAGGUAUUGAUGAUCUCACUGUCUUGGUCCUGGUCAACACCAUUUAUUUUAAGGGGCACUGGAAAUCGCAGUUCCCAGCUCCAAACACAAAACUGGAUUUAUUUCAUAAAGCCAAUGGUGACACCUGCAAAGUCCCAAUUAUGUACCAGGAGUCCAAAUUCCACCACGCAUCCAUCCCCCAGGACAAAGUCCAGGUGCUGGAGCUGCCUUACAAAGGGGACGAUAUCACAAUGGUACUGGUCCUGCCCAAUGCUGGGACGCCGUUGGUGGAGGUGGAGCGAGACCUGACAUCGGAGAAGCUGCAGGACUGGAUAGAUUCCAUGAUGGAGGUAUCUCUCUUUGUCUACCUCCCUCGCUUCCGCGUCGAGGACAGCUUCAGUGUCAAGGAGAAGCUGAGAAAAAUGGGGCUGGAAGAUCUCUUCAGUCCAGAAAAUGCCAGACUCCCAGGUAUCAUUGCAGAGGGUCGUACAGACCUGUAUGUAUCUGAGGCUUUCCACAAAGCCUUCCUUGAGGUGAAUGAAGAAGGCAGCGAGGCAUCAGCUGCUACAGCUGUCACCGUCUCUGGCCGUUCCUUCCCCAUGAACAGAAUUAUCUUCAAUGCCAACAGGCCCUUCCUGCUUUUCAUCCGGGAAGCCUCCCUCAACACCAUUAUCUUCAUGGGCAGAAUAGCCGACCCUUGCUCCUAAAGGGGCUCUCAGGGCCUCGCCUCUCUCUUCUCUGCCUCUGGAAAAGGGGCAGUAGGGUAUUGCCAUGAAGCCCGGGCUGCUCCUGGGGUGGUUGGUCUUACUGUUUGGUGCAAGCUGCAGGGAGGGACUGUAUCCAGCUGGGCUGUAACCGCUCCUCCUUGCUGUGUCAGGUGAGGUGGCUCAGAGGGCACUUCACCUGCUCCAUCCUUCAUUCAAAGGGAAGCUGAAUUUUUUCUGGCACCAGUAUUUUUGAGGCACCCAAACCUGAGUCCAGCAUUGCUGUCAUUCUUGUAUCCAACCCUCCUCCCUUUCAGGCCUCAAACUGUAACUCUGAUCCCCUGGUUCAUUAAAAACCUAUAGAUCUGUAUGUAACAAACUGA